AUGAUGGUCAAGUCAACUUCAUUCUUGCCGCUAUUUUUCAUGGCGAUAUGUGGCUCCGUGGCUAGUGUAUCGUUUCAAAACCCCGUCAUCUUCAACGACCUGGCAGAUAUCGACAUCUUCCGCGUGAAAGACACCUUCUAUUAUUCUGCAUCAAGCAUGCACUUCUCUCCUGGUGCUCCCAUCUUGGAAUCUCAGGAUCUCGUCAAUUGGAAAUACCUCGGGCAUUCGGUGCCUUCUCUGGACUUUAAUAGUCCGGCUUAUGACUUAGCUGAUGGUAUGCGAGCCUAUGCACGGGGUGUCUGGGCUUCAACGUUGCGCUUUAGACAAAGUAACAAGUUAUGGUACUGGAUUGGUUGUGUUGAUUUCAAUGCAACGUACAUCUAUACCAGUUCUGGGGUUACCGGUCCCUGGGAACAGAAGACGGUACUCGAUGGUACUUGUCUUUAUGACUGUGGCCUGCUGAUUGAUGAUGAUGAUUCAAUGUAUGUCACACACGGCUCGACAGUCCUUAGCCUUACUCAACUCACUCCCGAUGGGCUUGACAUGGAAAAAACACAAAUUGUUUACAAUUCAACCGUCGGCUACGUCGAGGGCUCCCGCAUGUACAAGCGUAACGGCUCUUAUUAUAUUAUCACUGUCCAGCCGGUUAAUGGGCAGUAUGUCUUGAAGUCUGAUAAUGGACCGUGGGGACCAUAUGAUUUUGGUGUCAUUCUUAAUAACACCUCACCACCACAAGGGCUGAAAGGUGGUGACACGCCUCAUCAAGGCGCUCUCGUUGACACUCCAAAUGGUCAAUGGUAUUAUAUGGCAUUUGUCGAUGUUAAUGGUGACAGCACUGGUCGCGUUCCAGUCCUCUCCUCGUUGAACUGGGAUGACAACGGGUGGCCCGUUUUGACUCUGGACGAAGGCAACACUUGGCCCCAGAGUCUCCCAUAUCCAGUUGACUCGGGCGCAAAGACUAUCAAUUCCGACUCCUCUCUUCAAGGAAAAGAUACCUUCGCUACUGGAAAACUGGGCAGCCAAUGGGAGUGGAAUCAUAAUCCUGAUAUGAAACGAGUCACCAUCACGCCAGGUGAAGUUCGUCUGUCUACGGCAACUGUUUCCAAGGUUGACGACAUUUACCAAGCACGCAACACAUUGACCCAUCGGACAUUGGGCCCAGCUUCCCAAGCCACGAUCCUCCUGGACUACACGAACAUGGCUGACGGCGACCGAGCUGGUCUAGCCUUGUUCCGAGACAGCUCAGCCUGGAUCGGGAUCCGGAAAGAUGGAGAUACCUCCACACUUGUGAUGCGCAGUAAUAUGACCAUGAAUUCCACAGAUAGCUGGUCAACUAUUGCUUAUGGCACCGAUGUGGCUAGCACCAAGCUACACCAGACAGGUCAUACGCGGAACAUAUUCUUAAGGGUAGCGGGAGAUUUCAGUGCAUCUGGGACACGGAGUGCCCAGUUUUCAUACAGCACAGACGGCAAACACUUUACAGUUCUCGGACAGAACUUCACCAUGGCCAAUGAUUGGCAGUUUUUCCAGGCCUACCGGUUUGCUGUUUUUAAUUACGCUACAAAGGCUCUUGGAGGAAGUGUGGGGUUAAAAGAGUUUUCUUUAUACCCUGUGUGA